AGUGCGGUUAUUCAUUCAUUCAUUGCUCAUCAUCAAAGCUCAAUAGUCCCCCUACUAGUCCCCCUAGUCCCUUUGGAGUUCGUAAAGAUUGUAGAAGCACUACUUUCAAGAAGAAGAAGCAAUGGAAGAAUCACCAGAAGUUUUUGAAGCAAAGCUUGCAGAGCAAACAGAGAGAUAUAAUGACAUGGUCGAUGUAAUGAAAAAAGUCGUCAAGUCCAAAGGAAAAGCUCCGCUUACCACAGAAGAGCGAAAUCUUCUCUCCGUGGCUUACAAGAACGUUAUUGGGGCCAGGAGGGCUUCUUGGCGCAUCAUUUCCAGUCUAGAGCAAAAGGAUCCCUCAAAAGAAAUAAUUGCAGAUUAUAGGAAGAAGAUUGAAAAAGAGCUGGAUGAGAUCGUGAAAGAUGUCACUGAAUUGCUAGAUGAUUUGAUUGCUGUAGCCGAUGAUAACGAGUCUAAGGUCUUUUAUCACAAAAUGAGCGGAGACUAUCAUCGUUAUGCUGCUGAAUAUUCUACUGGUGAUGCAAAAGAUAAUGCAUCUCGAAAAAGCCAAGAAGCCUAUGAGAAGGCUACAGAAGUAGCUAAAGAAAACCUUAGUACAACUCAUCCGAUUCGUCUUGGUCUUGCUCUUAAUUACUCAGUUUUCCACUAUGAGAUUAAAAAUGACCCAGAAAGAGCUUGUAAAACUGCUAAAGAGGCAUUUGAUAGUGCCAUUACUGAUUUAGAUAACCUUGAGGAAGACUCAUACAAGGACAGCACUUUGAUUAUGCAGCUUCUUAGAGACAACCUGACUCUUUGGACUUCUGAGACUGAUCAACAAGACAAAAAUGACGACAAUGAGGAUCAGAACUAAGCUAGCGAGCUGAUUUCUAAAAACUCUUUGUCGCAUUUGAUGUGCCAGCUCACCUAUUGACACCUUUUUACAUAUUAGCAUUAAUAUUACACUGUGUCUGUGUGUGUGUGGAUUCUUGACCCUACUUCUUAUUAGUGAUGAUAAUAAU